GUUAUCGGAACGAUGAAAGCAAGACAAAUUCCCGUCCGCAGUCGCAUCCGGCAGCAGGAGCUCAACCCGGUGUUCCACUUACAGAACAAGGAGGAAGACGAUCAAAUCCUCACGCGGGUGAAGAUCAAGCAGGCGCUGAAAACGGGCGUCCUAAACCUGGCAGGAAAAGGACUAGCCACAGUGCCGGAAAAGGUGUGGAACCUGAGCGACUCGGACGAGAACGAAAAGGAAGUUCGGUACGAUCUGGUGCGGCCGCCGCAGGAGGAUGACAGCUGGUGGAACCAAAAAUCCCUUACAUCGCUCGAUCUGAGCUCGAACACGCUCACGGUGAUCAGUGAAAACAUUCAAAAUUUGGCCGAUCUCACCGUACUAAAUUUGCAAGAUAAUGCACUCACCAGCCUUCCAGAUGGCAUCGGUGCGCUUAGCAAGCUAACCAAGGUAAACGUAGCCCGCAACAAGCUGUUUGCACUUCCGGAGAGCUUCUUCGGACUGAAGGAACUCAAACAUCUUAAUCUGUCGCACAACGAGUUUCCGGAGGUCCAUUCGAAUAUCAGUGAUUUGAUCAUGCUGGAAACACUGGACAUUUCAUUCAACAGCAUUAACUCGCUCCCGGGCGGUAUUGGGUUUCUGGUGCGACUCCAGCAGCUAACCUUGAACAAUAACCGACUAACGGAGCUUCCGAACGAUAUUGUUAAUCUGCGCAACCUUCACAAGCUCGACUUGACGAAAAACGAUUUGAAAAAGUUGCCACCCGUAAUGGGAGAACUUCGUAAGCUUGAGUGCUUCUACGUACAGCACAACGACAUUGACGAGCUACCCGAUUUUACCGGCUGCGAGGCCCUGAAGGAGUUGCACAUGGCGAACAACUUCAUUCGCACGCUGCCGGCUGAUUUCUGCGAAAACUUACCCCAGCUUCGUGUGCUCGAUCUGCGCGACAACAAGAUCGAACGUUUGCCGGAUGAAAUCGCCCUGCUGGCCAGCCUGACACGGCUAGAUCUGUCCAACAACACGAUCAGCAGUUUGCCAUCGUGUCUCUCUACGUUGGCCCACCUGGUUAGCUUGCAGGUGGACGGAAAUCCGAUCCGGUCUAUACGUCGCGACAUCAUUCAGUGCGGUACUCAACGCAUUCUGAAAACACUUCGCGAGCGGGACUCAUCGAAACCAGCCCGCUCCGGCGACGGUGCAUCGUCAACGGUGCGGAAAGGUUUCUUCGACGAAGGAGCCACAUUCCCGGACGUGUACCAGAUGAAAAAGGGGCGCGCACUGAUCGUCAGCUCGAAAGCGCUUGUCGACAUUCCGGAAGCCGUAUUUCUGGACGCCCGCGAAGCCGCCGUUUACAAUGUAGACAUUAGCAAAAAUAAGCUUACCGAAGUGCCAUCAGGACUCGGGCAACUCGCUGCGCAGCUUACCGAGUUGAACGUCGGUUUCAACCUGCUCCGAACCGUGCCGUCGUUUUUUUCACAGUUCGAUAAAAUCGCCUAUCUGAACCUUUCAAACAAUGCACUCGAAGAGCUGCCGGCCGUUAUUGGGCUGCUGGUGACACUGCGUGAGCUAAACGUAAUCAGCAACCAGCUGCGGUGCCUGUCGAGCUGUGUCUACGAAUUGAAAGGACUCGAAAUUCUCCUAGCAAGUGGAAACCGAAUCGAGGAAAUCGACGCCUCUGAAACCGGACUUGGUGCGUUGAAGCGGUUGGCAACGUUGGAUCUGGCAAACAACAACAUCAAACAUGUGCCUCCCAUACUGGGUACACUGAAGAACAUCACAACUUUGGAGCUGAUUGGAAAUAGCUUUCGGCAGCCACGGCAUCAGAUACUGGAGAAGGGCACGGACUCGAUCAUGUCCUACUUGAGGGAUCGCAUUCCACAAUGAAGUAUAUCCUAGUACACGCCGCGCAGCAGCGCACCGCAGAGCACUGACCGCACACAGUACUCCACCCCACGGCUUGUAGAGCUUGCGAAAUGGUUACCAUUAAAUUCGAGCAAAACUACGAAAGUAGCAAUCGUGCACCA